CAAGCGGAAGGGAACCAUCGCCAUCAAUUCAUCAUCCCUCGCACGUUCGAUCGCACGAAGACGGAAAACAGCCGGCGGAACGCAGACGCGAUGGUGCACCCGCAGCACAGCUCGCUGCUCCCGAAGCGCAUAAUCCUCGUCCGCCACGGCGAGUCGGAGGGCAACCUCUCGGAGUCGGCCUACACCACCACCCCGGACAACAAGAUCCCCCUCACCCCGCAGGGGAUCGCGCAGGCCCGCCUCGCCGGCCAUCAGCUCCGCUCCCUGAUCUCCGGCGGGGGGAGUGCAGCGGACUGGCGCGUCUACUUCUACGUGUCGCCGUACGAGCGGACCCGGUCGACGCUCCGCGAGAUCGGGCGGUCGUUCAGCCGGGGCAGGGUGAUCGGGGUGAGGGAGGAGUGCCGGAUUCGAGAGCAGGACUUUGGGAAUUUCCAGGUGGAAGAGAGGAUGAGGGUGGUGAAGGAGGCCAGAGAGCGGUUCGGCCGGUUCUUCUUCCGGUUCCCAGAGGGCGAGUCGGCGGCCGAUGUGUUCGAUCGCGUUUCCAGUUUUCUGGAAUCGUUAUGGAGAGACAUCGAUAUGAACAGGCUUCACAUUGAUCCUUCUCACGAUCUGAAUCUCAUCAUAAUAUCUCACGGAUUGGCAUCGCGUGUCUUCCUCAUGAAAUGGUUUAAGUGGACGGUUGAGCAAUUCGAGCAUCUCAACAAUCUAGAGAAUUGUGAGUUCCGUGUGAUGCAGUUGGGGGACGGCGGAGAGUACAGCCUUGCCAUCCAUCACACAGAGGAAGAAUUACGCAAGUGGGGCCUUUCCUCAGAGAUGAUUGCAGAUCAGAAAUGGCGAGCUGAUGCGAGGAGGGGUGAAUGGAACGAACACUGCCCUUGGUACCUCGACGCCUUUUUCGAUGUAUUCGCGGAAUCGGAUGAUAAUGCAGGAGAAGGGGAUGAUUAUGCAUGCGCAUAGGUGCUGCUAACAAUUGGGUCCAUUCCAAUUUGACGUGGCCGAUGGUAAUCCGAUCUAAUAAUUCUCUUUUCUUGAAAAUAUUUUGACAUUUUAGCAUGGAAGCCGUGUAACCUUUCACAUUUGCAUUCGGCCUUGUGAUCAUGGUAAAUAUGAUAGAAGAUGGAGACAGACGCAAAACAUUUAAUUAACUGGCAGUGAUUGAGAAAUACCAUUGACUAUUCUUUUCUUUUCUGUUUCGCUACUUACAAGCGUCCAUUUGAUUGCUACUUUACAGGUUAAACGCGAGAGCCGGUGAAAUCGCAAGGCAUUAGCAAUUUAGCACAAUGAUGCAAUCUUGGAGCAUACGCAAAAGAUGCAGAAGAUUACAGUGUUGGAGGUCAGAACUUGGGAAACAGGAAGAUCAAGGGCUGCAAUAACUUGCCGGGACCUGAGUAUGAAAGAGUCCACCCAGAGGAAGAUGGAACGCCAGCAAGAGGACACUCGACAAUAGAACUUAGAAGACAUGCCUCUCAUUGCAGGCUGUAAAGAACUUAAUGCAAAUUUUGUAAGUCGAGCUACUGCGAAUUGCUUGCAAUUUAUGCAUAUAUCCAAUUCAACUCAGAAUCUU